AUGGCAGCAGCUAACCAGACGGCUGUGCUGGAGUUCAGCCUGCAAGGCUUCUCAGAAGACCCUCAGCUCCGGGGCCUGCUCUCCACCCUUUUCCUCCUCCUGUACCUGGUCGCCCUGGUGGGAAACAGCCUCAUUGUGGCAGCUGUCAGCCUGAGCUCAGGCCUGCACACUCCCAUGUACUUCUUCCUGGUCAACCUGGCCAUUCUGGACAUCGCCUGCACCUCCACUGUGCUCCCCAAACUGCUGCAGGGCCUGGUGGCUCCAGCCAACACCAUCUCCUAUCGUGGCUGCCUGGCCCAGCUGUUCUUCCUGACCUGGUUCCUGGGGGCUGAGCUGCUCCUGCUCACAGCCAUGGCUUUUGACCGCUACAUGGCCAUCUGUCGGCCGCUGCACUACGGCACCAUGAUGAGCUGGCCUCUUUGUACAUUACUGGCUAUGACAGUGUGGAUGGUCAGUGCCAUCAGCACUUCCGUGCACACAGGCCUCAUGGCCAGGCUGACCUUCUGUGGCCCCAACCUCAUCCAGCACUUCCUGUGUGAGAUCCCCACACUGCUGCUGCUGUCCUGCAGCCCCACAGCCCUCAACAGUGUCAUGAUCGUCAUCGCGGACGUCUACUUCGGUGUGGUCAACUUCCUGCUCACCCUGGCUUCCUACGGCUGCAUCGUGGCCAGCGUGCUGCGCAUCCGCUCGGCCGCGGGCAAGCGCCGUGCCUUCUCCACCUGCUCCUCGCACCUGCUGGUGGUCAUCCUGUAUUACUCCGCCGUCAUCUACACCUACUUCCUCCCGGGCUCUGGCACAUCCAUGGAGAACGGCAAGGUGGUGGCCGUGCUGUAUACUGCCGUCAGCCCUGCUCUGAACCCCCUCAUCUACACACUGCGUAACAAGGACGUGAAAGCCGCCCUCUGGAAGGUGGUCCCCUCUUCCAAGUGA